AGCGACCGUUGGUAGUUGGCUGUCGAUUGUCGGUUUUAUCAAAGGAAUCUGCGCCAACGUUGGCAAUCCGUCCACAUAUUGGCUCACUGGCUCAGUCUUGUUGUUACACGCGUCGAAUGUGGAGAUAUGUCAUCAACAACAUCGCUACCCGCGUGGACAAACGAAAAAGUUGUAGAAUUUUUACAGUUAUACCAGGCGCAUCCAAUAAUAUGGAACGCCCCUCGCAAGGACCAUAAAAAUAGAAAUUUACAAGCCGAUGCAUGGCGCAAUAUUCAACAGAAUAUGAAAAUGAUUUAUUCUAUUGAGGAAUUAAAAAAGAAACCGAAAUUGCUCUAAGCGCUU